CGGAGGAGCUCGUGUUUGUCACAUUUCCUCGUUUUUCUUUUUCUUUUUUUUUUCUUUUGAGGUUUCAUUGCGUGGGGUUUGUGGAUGCUGCGUGGACACUAAGGGCGCAGAGAGGAAGGGGAGCACCCCCACGGAUGCCUCGGAAGGUAAAGACGGGCUCCACCGCUGGCUUCGGGCAACACACGCGUCUGAUGAGACGGAUGGUAAUAAAGGACAUCCUGCAGAAAAAAGCCGAUGGAUGAGGAUGAAAAACGGCUUUAGCCCCCCGCCCACCGACGACUGUGAAAUAAAGAAAAUCCUAUUUUGAUGGAUUUGUAUUUUUAAUCAUUCAUGGUGUAGCCCUGAGGAGCCUUAGACAGCAAUGUUGAAUCACUGGUCUUGGUAAAUUAUUCAUUACUAGUAUAGGUAGACCAUGAUUUUGCAUUGCUUCAAUGUAGCACCCCCCCACCCCUCCAAUCAUUUUUAUUUUUUACAAUGUUUAGUCCUGUGAGAUCAUAUACAUAUUUUUUUAUCCUAUGGUUAUGUAGGCCCAUUUAACAGUCACAUAAGAAACAGCCAAACCAGGAGCAUAUUGGCGCAGGAGAUUUGACAAAGAGGGGAAACACAAAGUGAGAGGUGUCCUGCAGUUUGUUUCCUGUUUUUUAUUUAUUUCCAUUUUAUUUCUAAAAUAGUCUAAAGAGGGAGGUGGACGGGGUGGAAAGAGAGCUGUAAGGAGGAAAGAGGGGGGAAAAAACACCAAACAUGUUGCCUUCCCAGGAAGCCUCCAAGAUCUACCAUGACAAUUACAUGCGCAACUCCCGCGCCAUCGGGGUGCUGUGGGCCAUCUUCACCAUCUGCUUCGCCAUCGUCAACGUGGUGGUGUUCAUCCAGCCCUACUGGAUCGGAGACAGCGUCAACACGCCGCAGGCCGGCUACUUCGGCCUCUUCCACUACUGCGUGGGCACCGGGCCGUCGCCCAGCCGGGAGCUCACCUGCGUGGGCAGCUUCUCCGACUUCAGCUCCAUCCCGUCCGGAGCCUUCAAGGCGGCCUCGGUGUUCGUGCUGCUGUCCAUGGUGCUGAUCCUCAGCUGCAUCGCCUGCAUGGCGCUCUUCUUCUUCUGCAACACCUCCACCGUUUACAAGACCUGCGCCUGGAUGCAGCUGCUGUGUGGAGUGUGCCUGGUGCUGGGUUGCAUGAUCUUCCCUGACGGCUGGGAUGCCGAGGUGAUCCGGGAUAUGUGCGGGGAGCAGACAGGGAAAUAUUCCCUGGGGGAUUGUUCUGUACGCUGGGCCUAUAUGCUGGCCAUCAUGGGCAUCCUGGACGCCCUCAUCCUCUCCUUCCUGGCCUUCGUCCUGGGCAACAGGCAGACAGACUUCUAUCUCGAUGAUCUGCAGACAGAUAACAAAGAUUUUGCUGUGUCAAGGAUUGAGGUUCGGGACAGAAGAGAGCCACGGUACGGAGUGCAGCGUCUUCACUGAGAGUGAUGACGCAGCACUGGCCGACUUUUCUUCUCCUCAUCUCUUCUCUCAUCCAUCUCUUUCUUUCCUCUCUCCUCUCUUUCUACUCUCUUCUUCUAUUCUCUCCAAUGAUCAGGAUAUCACCCAAUCUCAAUGCAGACACCAAGUGUACAGGAUUCUGCAAGAUUAAAAAAAAAAAGACAAACAACAGAACACACUGGGAUAAACUAUAUUUUGAAAAAAAAAGUUGUACAAGGUUGUACAGUGCAUUUAACACUCGACUUUCUCAACUAAAACCUUUAUGAUGGAAAAAAAAAAGAUUUACUCUAUUAAAGUCUUGAUUUGUGUGAGAAGUUCAAUCCUUGAGAUGAAGAACCAUAAUGUCCGGCUAUGAUUUUAACAAUUUAUUUCAAAUUUUGCUAUUUAUUGACUUUGAGUUUGUGUGUUGUUGUGUUCCAUAGCUUCAGAAAGCAGAUCAUUGAUUCUUCUCGUAUGGUGACAAGAGUCGAGACUCGCAAUACUGCAGCAAGUCCAUUAUUAGCCAUUGGGAACAUUUCAAACGGGACUUGUAUGGCUCUUCAUCUAGGGACUUUCAAAGGCGAGGAAUUUAAAAGGAGUAACCCCUCUGCAGCUUUACAGAACCUAACAUCUCUGGGAGAUUCUCUACUGUACAUACUGAACAAUGUAAAUAACAUUACUGCUGACAGAAACAGCCGACAACAAAACCUCAUCUGACUCCAAUGCAUUCGAGUAUAGUAUUUCUACUCUUGGUUUCAGUGUUCCUCGUGCUGGAAGAGCAUCGGAGUAUGUGCUGAUCCUUUGUGUUUAUAUUAUGACUCCACUACAGAUCUGGUGGGAUUGGACAAAGGGGGAAUAUCUGUGCUGGAUAUUCCAGAGAAAAGCAGAGCACCGUGGAUCAAAGUGAUUGUGUGUUUGAUCACAAUUGUUUGACACAGAUGCUUCCUCUGCAUCAGCAUGGCCUCAAAACAACCACCCCCUGCAGUAUAUAGUAAAAAUCUAAAUUGCAGCUGUCCAAGUUAAGACUUACAAGUCUGAGCUUACUACUUUUGUUAUACCCUUCCUUCACCAGUGUGCAGUUUACUCCAGUUUAUGGCUCCAGCAUACAGUGAUCAGUUUACUCUACAAAUGUCUUAAGACCGUGUGAAUAUGGCUGUACAGGCGUUGGCCUCCUCUCAGAGGGAAGCCCCAAGUGCUGCACUUAAGGUGAUGUCACUAAUAUGCCUCUUCGCUGCUUGCAAUAGUCAGAGGAAUCAUAAGUGGGACAGAUAUCACAGCAAAUAUACCCUAAAAAAUAAAGACAAUAAUUCUUAAAAAGAAUCAAAUCAGAGAGAGUGAGCAACUACUGGACUGUUCAAGUUUCCGUUCAAAGAUGAAUCAGAAUCAUUAAUUCAAAAGAAGCUAAAAUAAAAAAAAGCUAAAAGUUAUUCAAGUUGUGCAAUUUUAUGUUGAUUGAUUUUGAAACCAUCUUUAUAUUCUGGAUUCAAAUUGACCACCUUUGAAUUUUUGAUUAAGCUAUUAAGGCCUUGUCUACACUUAUGCAGACAUUUUUCCUCUGUUUAGAAUAAAAAACAUCUCGUCGAGACAAGAACACAACGGUCUGUGUCAACUAUCCAUCAAAUACCAGAGACAAAGCCUGUUGACAGAGAAAUAUUGGGUGAGGCAGACGUUUCUGAACAUUGGUAAUGUGAUGCAAAUUUUAGCUACAAAUUAGUAAUUACACUUAGCAGUGCUAACUAGACAUAUAGAUACAUGACCACCAUUGUUGUUUUUGGUUAUGGUUCAUGCUCAUGACACAAAGCAAUAGUGGAAAAGCAAACUGUGACAUCAUUGUUUCCCAAAAGCUUGAUUUUACAUGUACACACCGAUAUAAAGAACCAGAUUUUGAAAGUCUGCUAGAAAGGCAUUUGAAAUCUCAAGAGGCCUUAACACAGAGGAGGAUUUUGUUUUGCAAAAAUACCUGCAUUAAUGUGGACAGGGGCUCAAGCAAUUUGAAAUAUAAGCCAAUCUGUGCUGAUUAUUCUUGCAUUAGGGCCCAAUGAGUCGAACAAUCCUGGGAUCCGUCUAUAAAACACUCACGAUUGUCGCAGCGAUUUAUUCCAAAUUCCCAGAAGAAAUACAGAUGACAUGAUCUCUGUGUCCUUUCCUGCAGACACUAUCCUGGUCGUGGUAGCCAGUAUUAUUUCUGUAGCGCUCUUAUUGUACCGUUGUGCUUUGAGAAUUUGUAUGACAACCAGGGAGAUACUUUAAACUGGCUCCCAUUUUUCAGUCACAUGAACAAAAAGUUGCAACCUGCUCACUUAAUAUGAAAAAAACCUGCAAGGGCAUGUUUUACUCGAGUUUGUGACUCACCACUGUACCCAUUAGCACAGUACUAACUUCUGUCUCUAUAACCAUGUCUGCAUCAAUGGCUCUGAUUGUCACAAUAUCAGUGACAUUGCUCCAGGUACGAUUCGACCAUGCGACGAGUUUCGGUUGAACAGUGCGACAUAGCACGCUGCUCUAAUCAAGAGCACCGUGGGGCUCUUGUCCCUCCCAGUGCAGCUCUUCAGGCUGACACACUGUAACUGAGCCUCCUAAAGCACCAAACCUGGGCCGAGUCAUCGCGGGAAUGAAAUUAGCUGUGUAAUAAAAGCACACGGCUAAUGGUUUCAUUUGAGGAAUUGGCAUGCUCUGGUCAUUUGGGAGGGAAAAGGCCUGAUCACACUGUAAACCCUGAGGAGUCAUUGAAACCAUUUCACUGAGCGGUUUGACCACACAAGGUGAUCUGCGUUCUGUAAGAAAGCAGCUUAUUUACCAGGCAACAUCACAAGGAAAAUACAGUCCAGUGAGUCACUGAUUAUACUGCAUUAUGUUGGACUGUAAUGCAUUUACACUCUGGUAGGGAUGCACUAUUAACACAUGCAUUGUGGACAAGUCAAAGUUAUAACCCUAAAUAUCAGGCAAACAGUUUACCUUUACAAACUAUACAGCAGCUACAUCAAAAAAUGAUAUUAAAACAAAAUCAAGAAUGUGACUUUACAUGUCACACAUGGAUAAAUAAACUGUAUAUUGGAUGAGGUGGUUUUAUGGUGCAUCCCUACACUAUAUACAGUAUAAUGAGCAGAUAGCUAGAUGUGCAGUAUGUUUUUUAGAAUGGUAGCUAGCUAACUCUCAGGAAGCUGUGUACAAAGUACUGUAUUAAAGGCUCAUUGUGGAAAUGAUCAGCACAUACACAAGUUGGACGAUGCUGUUGUGAUGUGCUCAUGGCUGAAAUGACACAUCACUCCACAGCAUACCUUGUUAGGCAGGUUUGGGCAUUGGAUGAAAUAGCACCUCUGCCACUGAUUUUCCAAGCUGGGCCUUUAAGACAAUAUGAAAACAGCCCUUAUGCUGAAUCUAAUGAUGCUGUCCAUGCCGGCUCUGCACAGACCUUGGCCUAUAUCUAUCAACCGUCUUAGGGUAGGAACGCUGGGCCCUCAUUCAACAAACGUUUCUUUCAAUUCAGCCUUGAAGUAUCUCUGCGAGCAUUUGAGAAAAAAGAGUGAACGACAGUAUUUACAUCCAUUUGGUAUCAUAAGAAAUUUGUUUUUGCUUUUGAUAUGUACAUGCUCAUUUGAGAAAAUCAGUGCACUUGCUGAGACAUCAGCAUGGUGAUUUUUUUAUAUCAAAAGUUUGCAUACAGCAGGCGGUACUGUCUCAUAUGGCAUAUAUUCUGAUUUAGACAUCUCCUCCUGUAGGAUUGCUUUCCCAGGGCCCAGGACACAUUGUAUUUUACAACAAAUCUUUGAAAAAGAAAAAUUACAAUGGAAAAAGCCCAGAGGGCUAAGUGGUCAUGUCAGGCUUCCAAGCAUCAUUACCUGUGUGAUCAUUGGUCUGGUUUCCUCUCCGGGUACUCUGUUCCUGAGGACUUGACGAUGAACUGAAAUAUACCUUAACAAGGAACUGACGAUACCUUAACCCUGAUGAGCACAUAUUUGUACCACUCCAGGUGCCUCUAAGAACUUUUGAUUUAAUUCAGAUGUGGUGCAGAACCAGCAAAACAAGUAGUGACACAGUAGUUUUUUUCUACUAAAGACUACACACCCUGACCGAGCUCUGAAGCCAGAAGGAUUUUACUGCAGAUUUGAGGUCAAUUCAGUUUCAACUCCAACAACUGAACCUAAGAAAAUGAAUGACAGUUGUCCCCAAAUGUUCAACUUGAUUCGGGGAAACAGUUUUGAUAUUAAUAAAAGACGACAGUUGAUUUGUUUUUUUCUUUUAGUUUGUGAUUGGACUCCAAAUCUGAAUUCACCUCAGUCUUGAAUUACAGAAGUGUGUGAAGAUGUGAUAAAGAAUGAAAAGCUAACACAAGGACACACGAGUCAAUGAGAAGUCAUUUCCGUCUCUAGCAGCAAACAAGGUGUUUGUUGACGAUGUAAAUGUCAUUGAUAUAUGUCAAUGAUUUCAUCACAGUUUUUAUCAUGCAAUAUCAUGUAUAAAGACAUAAUGUUGGGGUGGGACGGGGAGGGGGCAAGAAUGAGUAAUGUCCAGUGACUUAUGUUAUGAUAAUAGCUGACUUUCUGUUUACUCCUGAAAUGCAGAUGUUGCCAAAAUACCAUCAUCUAUCAUGAAAAAAAGAGAAAUAAUCAGUUUCUGUUUUGUAUAACAAAAGAAUGAUAUACUGAUAUUUGUCAAGUACUUCUGAUGAGAUCUUUGUUUUAUGUGUUAACUACAGAAUCUUCAGUUUCUGUUAUGGAUUUCUUUCUUUGUAUUUUGGUAUGAUGAUUGUCGCUCCGUCACAUCAAACUUUACAUCUCAGAUUCACUAACGGAUGAUUGCUUGUUGAAACCUCAACACCCCAAACUGUACGAGUCUCUUUAUAAAGUUGCUUGAAUCGUACACACGUGGACGGAGUCUGAAAGAGGCUGCUUUUCAUGGAUUAUGAUGACAUGCUGAUUUUGAUUUGAAAAAUGAUAAUGUCUAAUUAAUUCCUAUUUGUGAAUAGUAUUCCAACUCACCAUGAUGACAAUUUCUGUUAUUGAAACACAUUUUGA